AUGGCAAAAAGUGUGAUGGUGACCUACGCCUUGUGGGCGGCAGGUGGGCCUCUUGGCCUUCACCAUCUAUAUCUAGGAAGAGACAGCCAUGCUCUGCUGUGGAUGCUGACCCUGGGAGGAUUUGGGUUCGGAUGGGCCAGAGAGUUCAUACGUAUUCCUGCAUAUGUUGGAGAGGCCAAUCAAGGUGCAGAAAAAGGGAAAAGGGGACCCCCAUCUUUAGGCCCUGUCAGGUUUGCUGGACAGGUGUGUAUCGGGAUCUAUUUUGGCACUGUGGCUCUGAUAGGACUGCACUCCCUCAGAUUCUUCUACUUGAUAGUUCUGCCCUUGUGUGUGGGUGCAGGGGUGCAUCUGGUGUCCAGUAUUGGACAGCAGACUUCUGACCUUCAAAAAACUCUCACUACUUGUCUCUUAAUCUCCCCAAUAUUCUACGGCAGCACCUUUUCACCUCUCCCAAUAAGCCUGGCUGCCAGUGUGACUGCUGCACAACAUCGCAAGUUUAAACCUUCACAGACACCUGAGACGACACAGAAACUAGGUGAGAUGAGUGCACAAAAAUGACAACACUGUGAUCAUUAACAGCUGUCUGAAUUUUCAAGGCCAACAGAAAAUAAUCAUUUUUGUCAUUCUUCCAGGUCCAAGGCUUUACAGGCUCGGUCUAGCCUGGCUGGCCUUCUCUGCUCCUCUUGGUUACUGUAUUUUCCAUAACACCACAGCCACUUUGUACUACCUGUCCGACUGUGUUGCUGCACUGCUGGAUAUUUUCUGGUUUUUACCUUGGCUCAGAAAUGUGUUAGAAUACAUACUUUUGAUGCCAUAUCGGAUACUGUGUGUGUUCACUGGAGGGGGGUACUAUGAGGAGGCCUGGAGGAAGGUGCUGGAAAUACUGCUCAGAGAAUAUACAGAGAAGGAAAAAGAGGCACUGCAGGUGAGCAAUAUCAUAACUCUGCAUGUGAAAUAAAAGGGAUCAGAUACGGAUUCCAGGUACAUUUUCAAACUGUGUAUGUGUUCGUGUUGCAGGUGUUGUCACUAGAAGUAGAGGCCUCGGUCGAAGAAAUAACCCACAGCUAUAGAGGACUGGCAAAAAAAUGGCACCCAGACCACAACCCAAGCAAGGAUGCUGAGGCGAUGUUCAUGAAAAUCCAAGAGGCUUAUGAGGUCCUUCUCCGACACCACAGACCUCAGCGAUUCAAAUAG